AGAUGCGAGCUCGCCGGGCGUGGUUUUUGAUCGCAAUUAUAUUCCUCACCCUUUUGCCUCCUCUCGAUGGUAGAAGAGGAGGAAUUUUGGGUGGCACUCGGGCAAGGGGGUCUUCCGCUGCCCGAAUGGGUGGCGGACUUUUCGGUGGAGGAUCAGUUCCGAUCCGAAGCAGUGGUGGUAAUGCGUACCAUAGGAACCUUGGAGGAAUUCACCAGCAACGACCACACCAGACUCACGGUGGGUGGGGCGCCGCCGGUGGCGGAUGGGGCCGUCAGCAAGGAGUCGGAGCCGGCGGAUGGGGUGGUCGUUCUCAUAGUCCAAAAUUCUCCUCCCACGGUAUCGGAUCGCGUUCUCGCUCGAACACAUUUAAGAACAUGAUCGUCGGUGCUGCUGCUGGAUACCUUACCUACCAAGCAGGACGAGCCAUCAUCCGGUCAAUGGCGGGACCUAUGAUGUGGAACAAUCGUCCUUAUUACUGGGGAGCAAACUAUUAUCGUCCAACAAGAGGGCACGAAAAUAUGUGCAGGAUGCCGAUUGAUCCCAGCGACCCUCAAUUUGGCAACAUCUAUCAACCGGACGGAGUUACUCGUCCACGUGAAAUCGUCUGGGGCUGUGGAUACUACGAGUACUGCUGCGGCUACGAGUGCUGCCGGGGUGGCGGUGCCGGCGCGAUCGGUUACGGUGCCUCCGUGGGACAUUGACGAAAUUGUCGUUUGCUUUCUGAAGAGAAGUUUAAUGAAUCUGCCAAGUUUUUGAAAACUUCAAUCACUGUAUUCAUUCAUGUGAAUCUGAAACCUUUUCACCUCUA